CGUUGAUGGUAAGUUAUGUUGGGGUGCCUGCAGCACUAAUAUCCCAUAUCUAUUUUCCAUUUUUCCAGGCUGUAUACGCACCAAACUAACUGAAGUUACUGUAUGACCAUGACCACGAAAAGCUGUUUCGUCAGUGCCAGCUCACGUGACUGAAGCAGACGAUCGGAUCGGCGUCUACAAGAGUUGGAGAGGUGAAAGAGCAAUCAGAAUCACAUUGACUCGUCACUAAGUAAGAAAAAUUCCAUCGCCGACGUAGAAGUGACAUUUACAGACUCAGAAUCAUUGAUGUUCACUACAUCUUUGAGUGGUAAUCAAAAUGGCGGGACCUACCGAAACGUCCGUUACCAUGACGCUCAAUUCUACCAUUCCAAGCACUGAAGGGACAGUCGAGAAAGUCUUUACAAUCGUGUUUCCGACGGUCAUAUUUUUGAUCGCCGUCGUUGGAAUCUUUGGUAAUGCGCUCGUUAUUUUUGUCGUUGCUAAACAUCGUGAUAUGCACAACGUUACGAAUUAUUUCAUCGCUAACUUGUCUGUGACAGAUAUUGCGUUGCUGGUCAUCUGUGCUAUCCCUACAGGAGCAAACAUUUGCGGAUGGCAGAUAAACAUUUUCUCCUGUAAAAUCGUCACCUACAUGCAAUUCGUUACAGUUCAGGCAACAUGUUUCACACUGGCCGCCAUGUCUGUUGAUCGGUACUACAUGAUUGUGCACGCGGUGGCAUCGCGCCAGAAGAGGACCUCGUUCAAGGUGUUCUUCGUCUGCGUUGUUAUUUGGAUUGUCUCAUUGCUUCUUCAUCUACCACUGGCGAUUCUUUCUGAGUUAACAGAAAAUGAAGGAUGUCAUCCGCCGUUCAGUGAUAAUGAGGUGAAGAAGAAGCGAAUUUACUACCUGUUCAUGACAUUUAUCUUGUACAUUAUACCUCUAGCAGUAAUUAUUGCCUGUUAUGCGAACAUUCUGGUUCUAGUCUGGCGCAAGACAACCGCAGGUACAGAAAGUGCCCAAGCAAGGAAAAGAUCAAUUAAACAAAAGCAGAAAAUUACCAAAAUGGUUCUUAUUGUCGUUUUGGUAUUUGUUUUCUCCUGGGGACCGACUCAGUGUUUGCUUAUAUGGGAGAAAGUUAGCACAAGUUACCCUAGACAAAAUCUGACUGUUGAGAUUAUUCGAAUGUCUGCUCUGUGUCUGGCUUAUUCAAACAGCUGUGUAAAUCCGUUCAUAUAUGCGUUCACUACUGCUUCAUUCAAAAAAUGUUUCCAGGGUGCACUCAGCCCCUGCUGCAAUACAAGUCGACUUACUAACGGAGAGAGUAGAAAAUAUCACACCAAAGUACCGAGCGAUGAUACAAACAACAUAACGACAAUGUCUUGUGUGACAAAACUAUGACAUUGCAGACAAAUUCUAUAUAUGGUAUUUUUUAUUAUCAGUACUUGUGAUAUAUAUGUGUAUAUUGAUGUCUGAUACGGAUGAGGAUUCAUACUACUACUACCAUUAUGAUACUAUAUUUGCUCUUUAUUUAUCUUGCUAAACUGUGAUAGGCAUGAGUAAACUCAAAAAACGGAAUAGUUUGUUGACUUACUUCGGUAAGUACGUGUUAUUGAGUAUGAUCAAACUUUGCAAAAAACCUUGGACGUUUCAGUGAAGCGAUACAGAUUUUGUAAUGUUGAUAUACAAUAACUAAACAUCAAAUGUUGCCUUUAAUUUCCGUGUAUCAACGGAGGGCGAUAUCUACAUUAUGUAAAUUCUUAGUGACUUGAUGGUUGGUCCUAUGACUUGUAUAAAUAAAUGCUCCACAUGUUGGAUGUAUUUGGAUAAAUUACCGAGGUUAAACACCGAGGAUAACCCACGGAAGUCCGAAGACGUAUUUCAAGUAUCUGGUACUUCUGGUUGCGAUUGGCAGUGCACCGAGAGACAAUUUCCUACAUUGCGUUCUUUAACGUAAACACUGACCAUAUUGCACACGAGACCAACGGCUCAAAUUCGGAUCCGAUGUCAACACAGCUAAACGUGACAUACGAAAUACGGUGCGCUAUUGCAACUUGUAUUUUAGCCCUCUAUCACGAGGGGAGCAGUGAUGGGGAUUGAAUCAGGGACCAAAAGAUCUCCACGGUUUAACGCACACACAGUGGCUACCAACAGUUUGGCCAAGUGCCUAAUCUUCUCUUCCAAAGAGAAAUGCGACUGUCAGGAUUAUCUUUUAAUUAUGUGAAAUUCACUGAAGAUAUAAAGUACGGUAACAUUAUAGUGAGUGCCGGUGUUUGAUAUACUGCUGACAAAAACACUAACAGUUGUGAUAAUCUCCACAACAUUAUUCUCUAGUCACCGUCAUCUGCUGGCGUAUUGUGAUGCAAAUGUUUUGCUGACCAAUAAUAAAUACGUAGUUUGCAUUGUAUCCGUAUGCCGCUUAAGAGUAUAUCAGGGAUGGCGCCCGGACUUGCCCGAUGGACGGGUCCCAGGUCCCCGCCGGGGGGGGGGGGUGUGGGCGUGUCGGGCGACGCUUAAAAUCCCACAAAAAAUAUGUCAAUUUAGGGGGUUUUAAUGCUUUUAAUGUUCUAAUAUGUAGAAAAUACAUACAUAUAUAGGCCUCUAUAUAUAUACAUAUAUACACAUAUAUACAUAUAUAUUCAUAUAUAUAUAUACAUAUUUGUAUAUAUAUUUACCUUUCUUUG